CUCCCUUCAGUACAGGAUUUUGUUCUGCCUGUAGCAGUUGCUUCUUGACCAGUAUGGCCAAAUGGAAACUGUGCUUUGUUCUGCUUCUGCCACUAAUGGUGUCUUCUGACAGCGAAGUGACACUUGUAAAAACAAUUGGGGGAGAACCAGAUGUCACUCCAAUAUGCACCAAUGAAACACUGAGUAUCCUCACACUGAUAGUAUGUAAGAUCAGAACAGAGAGGAGCAGGGGAGAAGAGUGUCGUCUGCUGUAUCAACAUGGACAGGACUUUGUGCACGAAUGUGACUCCAGGUUCACACUUAUGACAGAGAAUCAGACUGUGUUUCUGCACCUGACCAGUUUAACACCAGAGGACAGUGGGAACUACACCUGUGAAUGUACACUUUGGAAAGGAACAUAUAUUCUCCAUCUGAAUAUCACUGUGGAAGAGGAUGAAGACGCCAAAAGUUUAACACAGAUGUCCAUUCCGAGUGCUCUGAUUGGUGUAACUAUAGUCCUCAUUAUGGCUGGAGUUAUUCUGGCAUUUAUCUACAUAGGAAUACGUCAUGGAACACGACCGAAACCAGUGAGCAGUAAUCCAAAUAUGGAGCCACACGACAUCGAGCCAUACAGCACCUUCAUGCAGAGAGAGAGCGGGCUUUAUUCAACUGUCAGACUGCAUGUCGCUAACACUAAUACUAAUAAUUCAAACACAUUUACAUAAGAGGACACACAUGCCAGGAAGUCUUUGUAGAGCUCCAGUUAUACUGGAGUAUAGUAGGUACCCAUGUGAAACAGGCUUGUUGUCCACAAGGUGGCACUCUUUUGCUAUGUGACAAGUUCUGUAUUCUUAACAGUGUAUUUCACACACUGAAAUUUUAAUGUGUAAAACUGAGCACAGGGCUGUACACUGAUAUUAUAUAAUACUUUAUUAAUGAGCAGAAUUAACUAAUGAAUAGUAAUGAAUAAUAAAGCAAAUAAAGGUUAAAACAAGUUGUUGCUUGUAAAACUUUAUAAAUUUUAUGGGACGACAGAGUCACCAGCUGUAUGUAGCUAAGAACCACUCUGCAUGGAUGUGACUGU